AUGGCCAACUUUGAUAUAGUUAAAGCAAUGUUUGCUCAAGUCGAUGCAAAUAAAGAUGGAAGUAUUGAUCGAAGUGAAUUUCGAAAUUGGGUUGGUGCUGGUAACAGUGGUAAUGCAGCAGGAGGAGGUUUAACUUCUUCAACAUAUGAAUCAGGUGCUUUUCAAUCAUCAUCAACUGGUGGACUUGAUGCAUCAAAUGUUCUUGCUGCUAGUGGCAGUGCUGGGUUCGUUGGCCAAUCAGCAACUAGUGGAUACGAAGCAUCAUUUAGCUCACAAAGUGGUGUUGAAUCUGCUGACGGUCUUGCUGCUCGUGGAUCGAAUAAUUCAUAUAACGCAAUAGGAGCAUUGUCAACAUCAUAUGACGCAGGUGUUACGGCUAACGCAUCUCUAGAAUCAAGUGUUUCAGCACAACAACUUAACCAAAAUAUUUCAACUUCUGGCCUUUUUGUUGAUCCUAAUCCACAAAUUAUUCGAAGAGCAGCAACUGGAGGUGCUGUAACUUAUCAACAAAAAAUUCUUGUUCGAUUUCUUCAACCUCCACCUUGUCCACCACCAGGCCCACUUAUUAUUAAAGAAAUUCGUCCACCACAACCACCUCCACCACCACCUCUUGUUGUACGACAACGUGCACCACCUAUUCCUCAACCACCUCCACUUAUCUUACGUGAACGUCCACCACAAAUACCCACAUCUGUUGCUAGUCAAACAGUUAUUCGUCGUUUGGCUGCUCUACCUGUUCCACCACGAUCAGUUAUUAUCGAACGUCUUCCUCCACUACCACCUAAACCACGUGAUAUUAUCAUUGAACGUUGGGUUCCAUAUGGAGCUCAAGCUAAACGUCGUACAAUUGUUCAACGUGCUACUGCUGCUAAAGAAUAUGCAAAACCACGUAAUAUUAUCAUUCAAUAUGAAGCACCACAAGUUCGUGUUGUUCGACAAUUUCAACGACUUGGUGUUUCACAAGAAAAUCCACAAGCUUAUGUAUCUCGUUAUGGCACAACACUUCUAGAUGCUGCUGCACUUCUUCAACAAGCUCGUGCUGCUGGUGUUGUCGAAGACAUUUCACCUCCUGCAGGUAGUGUACUAGCUACUCAAUCUAAUGCAUCAGCUUCUACUAGUGAAGCUGCUUUUAAUUAUUCAAGUUCAUCAUCUGCUCAACAGAUCUCAUCAUCAGGAGAGGCCACAGGCCUCGAAGGACUCCAAGUUACUGGUGGUGGUGGUGGUGGAACUGGUACAUAUGGUUUAGAUAUUGCUAGUAGUAGUAUUAGCGGUGGUGGUGGUGGUGCUGCUGGCGGUGGUGCCAGCGGUGGUGCAACGAUUGGUGGAGGCUACUCAGCUGAAUCCUAUUCAUCAGCAGCAAGUUAUAGUGCUGAAGGAGCCACAGCUAGUAGCGGCGAAUACGAUGCAACAGCAGCUAGUUUUGCUGCUGCAGAUACCAAUCAUGAUGGAUCAUUAGAUCAAAAUGAAUUUCGACGAUUCGUUCAAGGCGGUCUCUAA